AUGCCCCCGAUCCCCAUCCGCCAGUCUCCAUCCAUUCCCGGCGUCCCACGGCCGUCGACAGACUCCGCCAAGGAGCCCAUACCGGGGACCAAAUACAUCAGCCUGCGCGUCAUGCUCGAGCUCCUGGCGGGCACGCUAGCAAUAUUCAUCAUCGGGGUGCUAGCCUGGAAACUCGGCCGCUUCAUUCGCUCCUUUACGAGAAAACGAGUUCUGCAGAGCAACGCUCCCACCGCGCGCUACGCCAGAACCUGGUACGGGUGGGUACCGCUGCAGCGCCACGAACGUAAUCAGGACCUGGCGCAAAGGUGUCUGCAACGUCUUUGUGGCUGGACGACAUGGUCGUCCAAAGCGGAUUAUCGCUGGGUCUGGUGGGACCCGGGCUCGAAGGAGCUGCAGAGACACAACGAGAAGCGGAAGUUGCGCCGAUGGUUGCCUAGGUCUUUACGGAGUCGCAGCUUUGUGACGGCGGAUGACAUUUGGAAUCCUGUUCUGCGGGGUCCGGCCUCUAAAGCGGGAACUACUGUCGACGAGUCUCGCGACUCAGAGACAGAGUUCCGCGGUCACCUGCGGAGAGGCCUUGGCCGCAUGUGGUAUGGGGGCUUUUCCAGAGGCAGAUAUUCCGCGGACGAUGCUCACUUCAGGCGCUGGAGGACUGCGUGGACGAGCCAGCUUGAUUAUAUUUCCAAAAAGAAUAAACGACGCUCUUCCGCUACUAACGCUUAUCUGAUAUCCAAGAAAAGUCGUUCCCUUCCAUGUUUGCUGGCCGCGAACGUCUUCCAGCAACAGCAUCAACGUCCCAAUCGGACCAGUUGCGCUGGGACGCCAGCGAGGCGGUCCGCCUCUCACUCUCCUUUGCAGGUCCUGAGACACUCACGGAAGUAUCAAGUAUGGUCUGCUCACGGCGCGGGGAAACGGUAUCUUGCGCCAGGACAGAAUUCACUGGCAGGUGUAUCCCCUCAUAACCGCCAGACACUAUCUUGUAUAGACGAUGACCCUUGGACAUCCUCGCGAUCGGUCGAAUGCGCGCCGACAUGUGAACACAAGCGCUUCGACAAGAAGUCAAAUGGCAGCAGCGCAAAAGACAUACCGGAAAUCAAGAUUCCAAUCCGGAUCUUGAGCGACUGGGAAAUACGCUCCAUAUAUGCUCUAAGCUGCCGACUUGAAUGGCUCGCUAACCAACUCAACCCUGGAAGACGACCGUUUCAUUUUGCCAUGCUCCCGAACCACUGGAUGAACAAGCGGACCUGGAUUGUUUAUGACCCCCCCUGUCGGGUCUCCAUUGAUGCAAGGAGGAGGCUAGGUGACACGCGCUUCUUCACAGCCUAUCCGAUGCCAGAUUGGACGCCCAAACUAAAGUAUCCACAGCCUCAUCGCAAAGUGGUCCACAGACCUAGGAUAGAUUCAUGGCGGAAUGCGGUCAACCGUCGCAGGAAGUCUCUGGGCCUAACAUCAUUCGUGAAGACGAUUGAGCUGUACGAAAGUUCCGGCGAAUACCCCCCAGAUGGCAAGGUCGACCCAGCGAGCUGGAUGCUUCGAAGGCCGCCUCAAGGUGUUGGUCCCCCGCGAAACCAAGAAAACGUUUAUUAUGAAGGUGCGAGUUCCGCAUGGUUAUCGAGUCCGGAAGAUGAUCCACGAGGGCAGAAUCAACCGGAACAGAGUGAAAGAAGUUGCGCUGAGUGUAUCCAGGCGUUGUACGACAAGGGGUGCACGUAG